ACAGUUGCGGGCUCAUGAACGCGCAUUUGACACCAAAUCCUCUAGAUUACUGGACCCCGUGCUUCGCCAAGGGAAAGAAGAUUGUUUUACCAUACCAACGGUGUUUUUAUUCGCUAUAUAUACAUUCAAGUGACGUUGGGGGAUCGAAUAUAACAUUUCAUGGAAUAUAAUUCUUUGGAAGGGUCGUUUCUGUAUCUUCUCUGUCUCUGCUCUUUGGUUGAGGAAAGAGCCCUGCCGCUUGCGUUGUCAGGCCAGUGUUGGUUGUUCUGAGGAACAACAGUAGCUUACCGUGCUUACUUUGCACUGUGCAAGUCUAUUCUUUGGACGGAAAUACAAUGCCAGGAGACAUCAAAGUGAAUAUUGUUGGUGUAAGAAUCAACAAUAGGCCAUGAUGUCGGUGGAACUUCAUUUUGUUAUGGGAUAACUGGGAUAUCGUUGCCAUAAUAACGGGUUGAUCAUCAAUAAUUUCAGUUGAACAGUAUUUGAAAUAAUUCUGAAUUGUUAUAAUACUGUAACAUAUUGAAUAAGCCACCUCAGAGUCUGCUUGACUCACAAGAACACAAGGGACCUAAGUAAACACAACAGUUCAAGUCCUGUGCGGUAGAACGCUCUGAUGAUCUUCGUGUUGCUGGAUAUUCAUUCCUUUGUCAACUGUCUAUCUGAAGAAGGCAGGCGUGAAAAUGGCAUCCUUUUUCAAUUUCCGUAAAAUCUUUAAAUUGGGUGCUGAGAAGAAGAAGAAACAGUAUGAGCAUGUCCACAGAGAUGAGAACCCAGAGGAGAUAUGGGAGAUCAUUGGAGAACUGGGGGAUGGAGCCUUUGGGAAAGUCUAUAAGGCCCAGAACAAGCAAACAGGCAUUCUGGCUGCAGCUAAAGUGAUCGACACCAAGACGGAGGAGGAGCUGGAGGACUAUAUGGUAGAGAUCGAUAUCCUGGCCUCCUGCGACCAUCACAACAUAGUGAAGCUGCUGGACGCCUUCUACUACGACGGCAAGCUAUGGAUCCUGAUAGAGUUCUGUGCAGGUGGAGCGGUGGAUGCCGUCAUGCUGGAGCUAGAGAGGCCCCUGACGGAGCCCCAGAUCCGGGUGGUGUGUAAGCAGACCCUUCAGGCCCUCCUCUACCUCCAUGACAACAAGGUGAUCCACAGAGACCUGAAGGCUGGGAACAUCCUGCUAUCCCUGAACGGAGACGUCAAACUGGCUGACUUUGGUGUGUCGGCCAAAAAUACCAAAACACUACAGAGGAGAGACUCUUUCAUCGGGACGCCAUACUGGAUGGCCCCGGAGGUGGUGAUGUGUGAGACGUUUAAGGACCGUCCGUACGACUACAAGGCUGACAUCUGGUCCCUGGGGGUGACUCUGAUCGAGAUGGCCCAGAUUGAGCCUCCCAACCACGAGAUGAACCCAAUGAGAGUCCUGCUGAAAAUAGCCAAGGCCGAUCCUCCUACCCUGAUGCAGCCGUCGCGCUGGUCUCCCGAGUUCAGUGAUUUCCUAAGAAAGUGUCUCGAUAAGAAUGUGGACAACAGAUGGAAUGUGGCACAACUUCUACAGCAUCCAUUUUUGAGUACUGUGACAGACAGCAGACCGUUGAGGGAGCUGAUCGCUGAAGCAAAGGCUGAGGUGUACGAGGAGAUUGAGGAUCACAAGGAGGAAGAGGAGGAGGAGGAUGGCGAGACACAACGGGGUCACAAACGUGCGCCGUCCGAUGCCAGUGUCGCCAGCACGGAGGACGAGAAACUCCCUCAGUCUCCCUCAGCCUCCAUCCUGGAGUCUUUACCGGAGACGGCGGAACCGGUUAUCCCGACACCACAGAUUGUUGAAAAGGUCCCUGAACCAAGCGUCGUCAAACCAGAGGAGAACCUGGUUGUGGACACGGGCUCCGUCGAGGAGCCUGCUGUCCCUGCAGAAGUGGAGAAAAUGGAUGAGACCUUUGGUGUUCCAAUGAAUGGAGAGGCAACAGAAGCCAGUGAGAAACCAGUAGAGGUGACGGAAGAGGAGGAGGAGAAGGUUCCAGAAAUAGCAGAGGUUUCCCCAACAGAAGCCAGUGAGAAACCAGUAGAGGUGACGGAAGAGGAGGAGGAGAAGGUUCCAGAAAUAGCAGAGGUUUCCCCAACAGAAGCCAGUGAGAAACCAGUAGAGGUGACGGAAGAGGAGGAGGAGAAGGUUCCAGAAAUAACAGAGGUUUCCCCAACAGAAGCCAGUGAGAUAGCUUCUUCAGACCCAGCUGAGAAACCAGCAGAGCCCCAACCAGAAGGAACCGUUUCCAAUGCUGAAGUCACCAUAGGGGACAAGGAGAUGGAGCAACUGGCCAUAUCCAAUCAACAUGAAAAGGAAGAGGACACAGCUGAGGUCCAGACGAAUGACAUCACCGCAGAAGGGUCAGAGGCCAAGGAAGAACCAACAGAAGGCAAGAUGGAAGUUGAGGAAGAACCAGCCAACGAGGAGCCUAGCAGGGAAGCAAAGGUUACCGUGACAACCCCAGAGGAGACUAAGGUGGACGACAAACUCACAACUGCAUUUUCAGCGGUCUGGAAAAAGGAGGAAGGAGAGAAAGAGAGAGUGGAGUAUAAGCCAACUGCGGAGACAGGGACUCCAGUGAAGUCUAAGGAUGAGAAGGAGAGGGAUUCGGACUCUGGGAGUAGUUCUGCUGCAGAUAACGGCAGCAUAGACAUGAACCUGUCUAUCUCCAGCUUCCUGACCAAAACCAAGGAGCCAGGACCCCUCUCCAUACAGGACAACAAGCGCCAGAAGAAGACACUGAAGAAGACCCGUAGGUUCGUGGUGGAUGGAGUCGAGGUUAGCGUGACGACGUCGAAGAUCAUCACCGACAAUGACACCAAGAACGAGGAGAUGAGGUUCCUCAGGCGUCAGGAGCUGAGGGAGCUGCGUCUCCUGCAGAAAGAGGAACAGAGGGCCCAGCAGCAGCUCAGCAAUAAACUGCAGCAGCAGAAAGAGCAGAUCUGCCGCCGUUUCGAACAGGAGACGACCAGUAAGAAGCGCCACUACGACCAGGAAGUGGAGAACCUGGAGAGACAGCAGAAGCAGACCAUCGAGAGGCUGGAGCAGGAGCACACCAACCGGCUGAGGGACGAGGCCAAGCGCAUCAAGGCCGAGCAGGACAAGGAGCUGUCCAAGUUCCAGAACAUGCUCAAGAACCGCAAGAAAGAGUUCAAACAGGAAAUGCGACUCACGCCCAGGCACAGGAGAAACGCUAUCGUGAAACGGGGGAAAAAGGACAUAAUCACAACUCCACGUGAAGAGGGAGUGGCCCAGGGUAUGAUUCAAUCUUUUCAGUUGUCCUCCUGCACUCUCUUCAAUGCCCCCAUGCAGGAUGAGCAGGAGUUCCUGCAGAAACAGCAGCAGGAGCUGGACUGUGCCCUGAAGAAGAUCAUCCAGCAACACAAACACGAGCUGGCCACCAUCGAGAGAGACUGUCUCAACCACAAACAACAGCUCCUCAGAGCGAGGGAAGCAGCAAUGUGGGAGCUGGAAGAGCGUCACCUACAGGAGAAACACCAGUUGUUUAAACAACAGCUGAAAGACCAGUACUUCAUGCAGAGACACCAGCUGCUCAAGAGACACGAGAAGGAGAUGGAGCAGAUGCAGCGCUACAACCAGCGUCUGAUUGAGGAGAUGAAGAACAGGCAGACACAGGAGAGAGCCCGCUUACCCAAGAUCCAGCGCAGCGAGGCCAAGACACGCAUGGCCAUGUUCAAGAAGAGCCUCCGAAUCACUGGAGGCCCCAUCACACCCGAGCAGGAGAGGGAGAAGGUCAAACAGUUUGCAGCCCAGGAGGAGAAGAGGCAGAAGAAUGAGAGGCUCCACCAGCACCAGAAACAUGAGAACCAGAUGAGAGACCUGCAACUGCAGUGUGACGCCAACAUCCGGGAGCUGCAGCAGUUACAGAACGAGAAGUGCCACAUCCUGAUAGAGCACGAGACCCAGAAGCUGAAGGAGCUGGAUGAGGAGCACAGCCAGGAGCUGAAGGAGUGGAGGGAGAAACUACGACCCAGGAAGAAGGCUCUGGAGGAAGAGUUUGCCAGGAAGCUUCAGGAGCAGGAGAUCUUCUUUAAGAUGAGUGGAGAGUCAGAGUGCCUUAACCCCUCAGCCCAGAGCCGCAUCUCCAAGUUCUACCCCAUUCCCAGUGUCCACUCCACUGGCUUCUAGGGGUUAACCCAUUCAUGUCACUCCGAAUGGACAUGAACAUAUAUCCACACCCACAUAUUGAAGGCAUACACAAUGAAUAUACACACACACACACACACACACACACACACACACACACACACACACACACACACACACACACACACACACACACACACACACACACACACAUACAAAUAGACUGGCGCGCACACACACACACACACACACACACAGACUAAUAAGACUGAGCCUCUGCUGCCUUGUCCCGUCUCCACUGAUGACAAUUAGGGGGACGAAGGGGCGAUAUCUCAGAGGGGUGUGUUUGUACACCUCUAUCGGCUUCUGAACGAGGAUGGGACCUCAAGCUACAGUAGCCCUCAAGCCCUCAAGCUACAGACGGUGUUAAUCAUGAAGACCCUUUUAAUGGUGAUCUGUUAUACAUAAUUUACCCCUUUUUCAUUGUAUAGGAUCGUGUUCAGUCGGGCACACCGUAGCAAGAGUUUGGAUUUGUGUUCUUAUUGUAGAAGUAGUCCCCGUUUCACUCCAUUUCAAAUCAUUUUCCACUGACUGAACAAAACCCAGUUUUAUUUCUUAUAGCUUCCUCUUUUGAAAUAAGUUAUGAAGGAGAUUCUUGACAUUAUGCAUUUUCAAAUUUGAUACUUUGGCACUGUGUUCCUCAAAUCUUAGCCUCCCAAGUCACUAAAGUGUCUCAAGGCAGAUUCUAUUUUUUUUAUUGCUGAUUCCUUUUCAUUUGUGAAUCUUCUUUUUUUUCUUCCUUGAAGAAUCUAGUGCCUGUAUACUUUUAUUUCAAUGGACUGGCUUUUCAAAUGUAAGCUUCCCUCUGGAGAAAAAAAACUAUUGCUGCUCAAUUUUUAUCCCAUGAGUUAUUUGCACUAAAUCAGGGCUGCCCAACCCUCUUCCUGAUUCAGCUUGUUAGGGUCUUGUUGAGCAGCUAAUUAGUAGAAUCAGGUGUGUUUAAAUUAGGGUUGGACUGAAAACCCACAGGAUGGUAGAUCUCCAGGAAGAGGGUUGGGCAGACCUGCACUAAAGAAAAAGAAUGAAGGAACAUUUUGUACCAGAAGUCUAAUAUAAUGAACUUAUAUAUUCAAUAUCUUUGGUGAUGUUUGAGAGAGCUAAUGAUCUGAUAAGAAUGUACUUUUGGUAAAGGAUGAAAAGCACAUUUUUUUAUAAUGAAUCUUGACAAAGGCAUGAUAUAUUUUAUAUGCAAUCACACAUAUCUUGACCAGAUAUUGAAUUUAGUUUCCAAUGGACUAGGGAGUGACUGCCUGAAGUUGUGCAUGAAUUUCAAUGCAAGUUUGACUUCUUAUGUUAUAAUUAUGGUAUCAAAUGUUAUUUUUUUGGAGCUUAUUAACAACAGUUUGGGAUUUAUAUUUUUCUGUCGGAAAUGGUUCCUUUCUUCUAGCCUGGAAUCCAAACUGAAUCACUACUUUCACUGUUGUUUUACUUGAACAUUUGUGAAACGGUUGAGAUUCCCAGGCUAGUAUCUUUCUUCAGGUUUCAUGAGCAUGCCUUUCAUCUUCAGCACAACUCUUGAGAUUUGUUUCUCUCUUUUUGUAAUUUGGUGUAGUCGGCGAGUGGACAUUUUGUUUUAGCAUACCAGGGGGGGGGGUAUUAAAAUGGUGUUUGUUUAUAUAUCCAGACAGAGACGAGGUUUUCACUGUGGUUACUCAAAUGGGGGCGUUAUAUAAUUCGAUAGAAAUCUGUGAGGACCUAUGAAGGUCUGUUUUGUUAGAAUUUCAUGCAAAUGUUUGGUAUGUCUGUGUAUUGUUUAUGAAAUUGCCUCCCAUUACCAUAUUCUUCAGUUGACCUGCAUGGCUUUUGGGUUUGUUUGUAAGGAAACUAUGAUACUGUUUUAUUAUCAUUCAUGCUAGCUAAUAGCCUUAAUGUUUUCAACAAAAUGUAUGAAGAUACGGUAUUCAUGCUGUGGCCCUCUGUGUAGUUAUUUUAAUCAGACUUAGUCCCGCCCCAAGUGAUCUUUAUAUUCGUAUAGCCUACUGUAUCAUAGUCAAAUGUUUUGUUCGUUACUUAUUUAAUCGAAGGAUAAUGAAUAUGACGUUAUCAUGAGUUGAACAGUUUUGAUAACAUUUUCAGAACUAUAGUUUUAGCUUAUUUUAUGAUAGAUAUGCAUGAUCUACUCUAAAGUGGUGGUAGCCUAUAACCUUCCAAUACAGUUGAAAAUCAUUUGUUAAAAAGGAACUGUUGGACCUGACUGGUUUAGGCCAUCAUGGCUUCUGAUUGGUCCAUUUUGUUAUCUCACCCUUUUUUGAUUGGCUGCAGGAACAACAAUCAGUCGAUGCCAUUUUAUAAUUGGUCUGUAAUAGUGGCAAACAAAAACAAAACAUCAUAUACACAAUGAAGGAGUGCUGUGCACCUUACAUUUCCACAGAGUAUCUUCAUUUUGUGUAUCUUUACGCUACAGUAUUGUAGUUUCCUCAAUUGUCAAAUAGUUCUAAUCUGAAAUUUAAACUGAAUUGAAAAUAUAAUUAAAUACCAAUCAUGUCAAUAUGUGUUGUUAUUAGUGUCAUGAUUUCCUUCUGAUUUUCAAAUUGUAUCAUGAUUGAUUUCAGAAUGUUGUUUGAAGUUGAACUACCAUUAAAAAAAAGUUUACUUUAUAGUUUAUAGAAUGACUAUGUACUGUAGAUUUACAUUGUUCUGUAAAUAAACUAUUUCCUGUAUACAA